AUGGUAUUGAGCGACCACUCUAUUCGUCACCAAAUCGCCAAGGGGCGAAUUGUCGUCGAUCCCAUUGAUCUGGACGACGUGCAGCCGGCCAGCAUCGACCUGCACCUGGAUUGCCGAUUCCUGGUUUUUUCUAACUCACGGCAGCCUUACAUCGACGUGCGUCACGCGCUGGAUGAUCUCACCGAGCCGGUGGAGAUAGACGCCGAAACCCCCUUCAUGCUGCAUCCCGGGGAAUUCGUACUGGGCAGUACCCUGGAGCAUAUUGAACUACCGGACGACCUGGUCGCUCGCCUGGAAGGAAAAAGCAGCCUGGGUCGCAUUGGGUUGUUGAUACACAGCACCGCUGGGUUUGUGGAUCCGGGAUGGAGGGGACGGCUGACGCUGGAGUUGAGCAACGUGGCCCGGCUUCCGAUCGCACUUUAUUACGGCAUGAAGAUCGGCCAGAUUUCGUUUCUGCAGCUCAGCACGCCGGCGGAUCGUUUGUAUGGUUCGCCAGAGCUGGGGAGCAAGUACCAGGGCCAGACCGGUCCCACGGCCAGCCGAUAUCAUCGAGACUUCAGCGAUAGUUGA